AUGGACAAGCCACAACGAGACGACCGAGGAAAACCGCUCGUACUGGAUCAACACCAGCUGGAGCAUGUAAUCUCGGACCAGUUGGACAUUCUUGAAGAGUACCGGUCGAUGCUGGCUGAACUGAGACAUGAAAUCAAAGGCGAGGAAGUUCACCAGGAAGAGAAAUUCCAGGAAACCGUGCUAUCAGCCUUGACGGAAGUCAGAGAAUCAUUGAAAGUUGGAUUCCAAAGCAUUCUUCCAGGCAACGGCCAGAACUGUCUCGAGGAUUUGAAAGCGAUUGUUCAAAACGAGACGUCGAAACUUCAAGAACUCAUCGCUUCGGGCAUAGACCGCGUGCGCAACGCAGUUACCGACGCCAUUGGGAAACCGUCCCCACCGGCAGCCUCGGAAGACGCCAUAGACGGAGCUGGAGACGAUAGCGGCGGCGAGGGGGAGGGCACUGAGGUGCUUCAGCCAGGGCCGGACCCCCCUGAGGAAGCGGAGGUUAUCCAGCAGAAUGCCGAAUUUAUAGAAAAUGUCGCAGUGGACGAUGGAGAAGAGUACGAGGCCGUGAUUUGGCAGCGCAGGCGCCAAAUAGAUAGAGAAAUCUUCGACGCUUACGCAGAAAUUGAGGAACUCGACAAUCUCAUCGCUGAACUCAAAAGAGAACCCAAAUGUGAACCCAGGGACUUCAGUCGAGGGGUCAUAAGACGCUGGGACGAGAGAACGAUUUGCUGUGUUUUUUGCCAGGGAAUCGGAGAACAUCAUAGCGACUCUUGUGAGAUUUACAAGGAAAGCUCGGUACGCAGAACGAUACUGAAAGGAGAACAUAGAUGCGCCUGCUGCCUUGAGAUAAGAUUCCAACACCACAUUUGUCGCAAAUACAACGCGAAAUGUUACCACUGCAAAGGGUAUGGACACCAUAGUUCCGUCUGCGACCUACCAGAAAGGUCUGAGGAAAUCAACAGAAACCUGGCCCAAGCAACGCAUGCGAAGAAGGGAGCAGAACGCAGGAUCAAGGAGUUAAAGGAGAAGCUGGAGGAGCUACAGAGCCAAGUCUAUCCGGCGUGA